AUGUUCACGUUUUCCCUUUUGACCCCAAGUAAAGGCGACCAUGCUUUCAAAGUUUCGCUUUUGACAUUUGAAAAUGAACUGCGGAUACUAGCGGACCCUUCGUGGAAUGGAAUAGAUCCCAAAGCAGCUAAAUUUAUGGAACUUCAUUUACAACAAACAGAUGCAAUCAUCAUCUCACACUCAACAAAUGAAUUCAUCAGUGGAUACAUCUUGCUUUGCAUAACAUUUCCAAAUAUCAUGUCGAACAUACCAGUUUAUUCGACGUUGCCUGUUAAUCAAUUGGGUAGAAUUUCAACCGUGGAAUACUACAGAUCCCUGGGUAUUCUUGGACCACUAUUAUCAAACCUUGUGGAGUUGGAUGAAAUUGAUUAUUGGUUCGAUAAAUUUAUCAUUGUUAAGUACCAACAAAAUGUUACAAUUUGCGAUCGAAAAAUUACAAUGACGCCGUACAAUUCUGGACAUUCCUUAGGUGGUACAUUUUGGUUGUUGGUAAAGAAGAUUGAUCGUAUAAUUUACGCACCAAGCUGGAAUCACUCCAAGGACGCUUUUUUAAACAGUGCAAAUUUCAUAAACUCUACGCUGGGUAAUCCUCAUUUGGCGUUACUACGCCCAACAGCUUUCAUUACUGCCACCGACUUGGGAUCUGCAAUGCCGCAUAAAAAACGUUGUGAGAAAUUCUUGCAAUUGGUAGAUGCCACCUUAGCCAAUGGCGGCUCAGCCAUAAUUCCAACAUCCAUAUCAGGAAGAUUCUUGGAGGUGUUUCAUUUAGUUGACGAACAUUUGAAAGGUGCGCCAAUCCCCGUCUACUUUCUAUCGUAUUCAGGAACCAAAAUAUUAAGCUAUGCUUCAAGUUUGAUGGAUUGGAUGAGUCUGGGGUUUAACAACACAUGGAACAGUGAUAUUGGCAACAACAGCUUACUACCUUUCAAUCCUAGUAAGGUUGAUUUACUAUUGGACCCCUCGGAGUUAACGCAGAUACCUGGGGCCAAAAUCAUCUUCUGUGCUGGUUUAGAUUUCAAAAACGGUGACCUUUCGAGUAAAGUGUUUCUGUAUUUAUGUAAUGACGAAAGAACAACUGUUAUUUUAACUGAAAAGCCACCAUCUGCAAAUGUAGAACAUGGCAUGGGUUUAAGUAGAGGUUUAUAUCGAGAGUGGGUCAAGUUAUCUAAGGAAAGGACAGGGAAGGUUGUCGAUGGUACCCCCGUCCCAUUGGAGAAAAUUAUCAAUUUGGAUAGUUGGUCGCAAGAAGAAGAGGUUGAAGGGCCCGAAUCAAUUGCGUUUGUGAAUAAGAUAACCCAGAAAAGAAAAGAGAAGUUAAUGGCAAAAGUCAGAGAUCAGAAAAGACAAAAUUUGUUAAGUACAGAUGCGAUAGAUGUUGAAGAUUCCUCAGACGACGAAGACGAUGAAGAAGACGAAGAUAAGAAAGCUGGUGAAAUAUUCGAUGAAGAGGUGCAGAAGGAGAAAACUCGUGUACCAUUAACCAAGGAGGUUGACGAAUUGAUUCAACAUGAAGCGUUUGUUAUGGAUAACGUGAAGCACAACAUGGAAAAUCAUUUGCCGAUCGAUAUCAAAGUAACUCAUAAAUUAAAACCGCGUCAAGCUAUGUUCCCCUACUCUGCUCCUAAGGUUACAUUCGAUGACUAUGGUCAGGUUAUAGACGCAAAAGAUUUCGAAAGAACUGAUCAGGUUUCCCACAGCAAGAUCAUAAUGGAAGGUAAGAAGAAAUUUGACGAAAAGAAACAAAAAUGGAACACAAACGAUAAAACAGACAAGAAAAAGAGCCAACAGACGAACAAGUUGACACCACAAGAGCAGGUAAAUCAACAAUUGUUGCAGAAAUAUUUAGACACCUUGCAUAAGCCCAUGAAGAGGGUUCAAUUGGGACAGAGAAGCUCAACAAGUACCCAAUUAAGAGUGAGAUGUGGUUUGGCUUUUGUUGAUUUAUCGGGUUUGGUAGAUUUACGGUCCUUGGGUAUCAUUGUGCAAGCAGUUAAACCGUAUAAUUUAAUACUAUUACCAGAUGAGAGAGUUAGUGAUGAAUUGGGACUUGAACAGGUUGAAAAGUUUUUUGAACAACAGCAAAACAAGCAAGCAAUAGAGAAUACGAAAAAGCAAAUUUUGAAUUCAUCGAGGUACUUGUCAUUAUCGGCAAUUCGUGACGGUCUAUCAACCUCUACAUCACCACUCUCAAGUGGCAAACUUAAUGUUCUUGUUGCUAGAGAGGAUGAAAUUGUCAAGAUUGGGGUUGAUUCUGAAAACGGUGUCAUUGGGUUGAGAAACUUUGAAGUCAACUUGGACGACGCAAUUGUAUCCACCUUGAAAUGGCAAUCGGUUGGUGAUAAUUAUAAUGUCGCCAAAUUGUAUGGUGAAUUGGUGUUGGUAAAUGAUCAAGAAUCCCUCGAGGGACCCGCGCAGAAGAAGCCAAAAACUUUACAAGACUAUAUCAACUCGAACACUCAGUUUUCAUUGAAACCAAUCGAAUCCGAUGAAGCUUUGACUAAACAUAGAAAUGAUAAUAUUUUUGCAUCUACCAAUGAUCCAAAAUUGUUGAUGGUGAUCUCAAAUGCACCGAGAUUAGCCAUAGGUAACAUCCGCUUACCUGAUUUAAAAAAGAAGUUGUCAUCACUAAACUUGAAUGUGGAAUUUAAAGGGGAGGGGACUUUAGUAGUCAACGAUGUUUUGGCAAUACGCAAGAUCGCCUAUGGUUCCUUGGAAAGUGAUGAUAGUGGGGAUAUCGUCAUUGAUGGAAAUGCAGGACCGUUGUAUUACAAAGUUAAGGAAUGCAUCAAAGAAAUGUUGGCAUAUGUAUAG